AUGGAUUAAGAAAUAAAGAAGCUAGAAUAACUCAAAUAAUAAGAAAUACUGUUAAUGUAACAAAUUUAUGAAAAGAAAGUAAAAUAUGUUUUUUGAAUUAGAUUAAUUACUUGAAUACUAAAAUAUAAUUAUUAACAGAAGAAUCAAAGUAAAAAGAUUUUGAUUUAUUAAAUCUAAAGAAGAAUGAUUUAUCGUCAGAUAUUUUGUUUUAAAAACCAAUCAAAAUAUAAAAGGCUCAAAUUUAGAUUUUGAAAAAUAAAAAUUGA